ACUUUCGAGUGGCGAGGAUCACUAUUCUCGCCUGGUGCGCAAGUGACGCGUUUUCGUAUUGCUCAACCUCUGGUGGUGAUCUGCGGUGAUUGUGUGCGGUGGAUUUGCAGUUGAUAUGUCCUUAGCCGUUCGUUGAAGCAGUUCUAGCGAUCGCUGUAACUGGAAAGGACUGACUAGUAGUAGAACGAAAAUAAUUGUGAAACGUGAAAAUCUGAAAACGGAAGAACGCAGUUGGAAUUUGAGCGAUCGUCAUUGGAUAGAUAGUCAACUUUGUUCAGUGGUCCGUGUUGUGAAUACAAUAGUUAUCACUGAUGUUAUCGCGGAGAAUUACAUUUGUACAUUGUUGGAAUUGGAAAAUCCCGGAAAAUUAUCGAGUCAGUGAUCUGUUAAGUAACAACAAAUAAAGGAAGAACUUUAAUUGGUGGCGUAACAGUGGCAUCAAAGGUGGACCGUGCGAAAUAUUUAGAAAACAAUAACGGAAACAACUCGACUGUUCAACGCUAAUUAGUAACUGUGUUCUACAAAUCACAAGCAGAGUGUUGAAAACCAAAGUGAACAGCAUAGUAUCUGUAAUUGUUUUGACUAACGAGUGCUAUUUUCUGCCUUCAACUUUGUUGCACUGUUUCCGAGCUCAGGAAUCCGGUGAAGAUGGCACUUUGAGUUGGACCCGCGCUUACUGAGAAGUGUUGAUACUGAACGUUUGGUUUAUUUGCGGCCGGGAACGGGGAGGUGGAAAUUUUAUCAUGACGACGACACCGGUUUUCCCGCUGGACGCUGGACGGAAACGUAUCGUCAAAUUCGUCUUCUUGGGAGUGCUCGCCAUCGUCAUAAGCUGUGCCGUGGUGGUGAUCGACCCAAUCGAUAUGAUCGUGACGGAUAUGUUAUCCAUGUAUGAAGGUUCCUAUCUGCAUCGGUUAUGGAAAAAACCACCGCUGGAAGUGUUCAUUAGCAUUUAUGUGUUCAAUGUAACCAACACGGAAGCAUUUCUCCGUGGCGUGGAGAAAAUCAAGCUAGUAGAAGUAGGACCUUACGUUUACCAAGAAUAUCUGGAGAAUCACAACUCCACAUUCAAUGCGAAUGGUACCCUCAGCUUCACCCCAACCCGGAGGCAAGUUUUCGUUCCGGAGCGGUCAAUUGGUGAUCCACGAGAGGACAAAAUCAUAGUACCCAACAUAGCCUAUCUGGGGGUAUCCAGUGCCGCUUAUCGGAUGUCAACUUGGGCUUCGCUAGCGGUGGCAGCUGCUCUCAAACCAAUCGGCAUGACUCCCUUCCUCAACAUCAGCGCGCAUGAUUUGCUCUGGGGAUACGACGACCCUUUGGUCAAGGUAGCCUCAACCAUCCUUCCGGACAUCAUUCACUUCAAAAAGAUUGGGAUUCUCGAUCGCAUGUUUGACGAUGGAUUCGACACUGUGACGAUGAACCUACCGGAGGCGGUUCAGAACAAGCAGAAGCCACUUGUCGACGACGACUACGCCGCCGAGGACAUCCUGGAAGCGGUCUUGGAGGAGGAUAAAGGUGAGGACGAGGAGGAACCCAUCCGUAACUAUUCAAUCGAUCUCUGGAAUGGUUCCCCCGGUUUGGCCCACUGGGGCUAUGUGGGGAAGGAUCAUUGGGAUGCGGAACGAAGAAAUAUCCCAUGCAACACACUCCAGGGAUCGUACGAUGGAACGGUGUUUCCGAGGAACAUUUCCAAGACGGAGGUUUUCAAGGUGUACCGAAAGGCUUUCUGCCGGACGCUGCCGAUCGCUUUCGAACGGGAAGGCGUGCACGACGGCAUCAAGGCGUAUUGGUUUUCCAUCCAGAGCAACGCGUUCGAGAGUUCGACAGAUGAUCCGUACACGUCGUGCUAUUGCCGAAAUGGGCAGUGCCUCCCAAAAGGGUUGGGAGAUUUGAGUCCUUGCUGGUACAAUAUUCCUGUCGCCGUGUCGUUACCUCAUUUCUACAAAGGCGAUCAGGCGCUCGUCGAUGCGGUCGAUGGACUGCGACCGGAAAAGGAGAAACAUGAUGCCGUGAUUAUCAUGCAGCCGCAACUCGGGAUUCCCAUGAAGGCGAACAUACGCGUGCAGAUCAGCCUGCUGACGAACGUGAGCUUCAACGCUGAGCUGAAACCUUUCCACAAUAGCGUCAUCCCGCUGAUUUGGGCUGAGAUGGCGGUAGAGAAGCUCACCCCGGACAUCGUGAUGCUGCUACAUCUGCUGUUCGACGUUGCGCCGUACCUGCAGAACGGGUUCGUGUAUUUGCUCUCGCUGCUGGGCGUUUCGCUACUCGCCACCACGGCGCUGAUGCUGCUCUGCUCGCGUCACGCAACACUCGAGUACGACCCGCGGAAGUCGAUCCGGUAUUCGACGGUCAGCAUGAUUCCCUACCCGCUGCGGAAGGAACUGGAGCGGUACGGCGGAGAGGCCGACAUCCGCCGGGACGGCCUGCUGAUCGAGAACGGUGCGUAGUCUCCGGUUCUCUUGAGGGGGCUCAUUGGCGCUCGGUAAUUCCGCCACAUUUUUCGAGCAGAAAAACGGUGGGAUGUUGUUUUAGUGUGAAUUAUUCUUAUAGAAUAAAUUAGUCAGUGUGAUAUUUUAAGUGAGCGCUAGCCUAUAGGCGACUGUUCCGGUUCAGUGUGCGUAAUCGAUGUUUUCAGGGAAGUAAAGGGAGUUGGGGAGCAGUUGAGUCCGACAAAACAGUUCCAUCCAUUGAAUCGGAAUCGGUCUUUUUUUGAAUCUCUUAUUGAGUUCGAUGCAUUAUAACUAAUAUUUAGAACAAGCUGUGAUUUCUGUUAUAAACGUAACAUUAAACAUCGAAUGUAUUAUUGCAGCUGUACCUAACAAAAGGUUCCACAAGAGUGCUAUUUCUUUUUUACUUAGGAGAAUGGUGUUGUAACAAAUUAAAAAAAUAGGGUGGGUAUGAUAAAAAAUGUAACUUCUCGAGGGAUUGAAAUACAAUUUCGUGGAGUAGUAAA